UCACGAUGAGAGGAGACAGAAGAGGAGCGGGGAGGCGAUGCACCGCGUGAGCGCGGAUUUCUGAAAGGAAAACGACACACGACGCGUAGAGAAAGGGACGAGGCACGCGAUGGAGACGCUGGCGGCGCCGGAGCCGCAGAGCUACGAGGACGUGCGCAAGAGCGGCUACCUCCGCAAGCAGAAGUCCAUGCACCGGCGCUUCUUCGUGCUCCGGGCCGCGUCGGAGCACGGCCCCGCGCGCCUCGAGUACUACGAGAACGAGAAGAAAUUCCGCAGCAAGUCGCCGGUGCCCAAGAAGGUGGUGCACCUGGACUCGUGCUUCAACAUCAACAAGCGGGCGGAUUCCAAGAACAAGCACAUGAUCGUGCUGUACACGCGCGGGGAGAGCUUCGCCAUCGCCGCGGACACCGAGCAGGCUCAGAACGAGUGGUACCAGGCCAUGCUGGACCUCCAGUGCAGAAGUAAGACACCUGAUGACUACGGCAGUGGAGGAGAGUGUGGGUUGCUGUCCCCUGGCCCUGCCUUUAAGGAGGUUUGGCAGGUGAAACUUUGGCCCAAGGGCUUGGGCCAGGCAAGGAACCUGAUUGGCAUCUACCGGCUCUGCCUUACUGAUAAGACUGUCAAUUUUGUUAAGCUGAACUCGGAUGUAGCUGCCGUGGUGCUCCAACUGAUGAACGUGCGGCGUUGUGGCCAUUCGGAGAACUUUUUCUUCAUCGAGGUGGGUCGCUCUGCCAUGACAGGGCCUGGAGAGUUUUGGAUGCAGGUAGAAGAUUCUGUAGUAGCGCAGAACAUGCAUGAGACUCUGUUAGAGGCCAUGAAAGCCUUGAGUGAGGAGUUCCGACAGCGAAGCAAGACCCAAGCAGCGGGUGCGUCUUGUGGAGGGGGCACUGCUUCGAAUCCUAUUAGCGUACCAUCCCGACGCCACCACCCAAAUCUGCCACCUUCCCAGGUUGGUUUCUCCAGGCGAGCUAGAACAGAGACUCCUGGAGUGCCUCACAGCACCAACACAUCCCCCACCCCACGACACGGUUUCUCCAGGUCACGGACAGCCAGUAUUGGGGCUCGGACAGAAGACGGGAGUGGCAGAAUGACGGCGCUCAGCACUAGUCCAAGCCUUAAUGGUUCUUCUUGCUCUACCACUCCUACCUUGCGACCCAAACCCACGCGAGCACCCACCCCUGCCAAAAUUACACUCAGUCUGGCACGAUACACUCCCAACCCGGCACCCUCGCCAGCCCCCAGUCUCUCCUCUAGCUCUGGCCAUGGCUCAGAAUGUGGUUUGGGUGGAGCUCCAAUGGGAACAGUGCCCAUCUGCACCUAUGCUCGGAUUCCCCAGAGAGUGUCCAUGUCAGGCUCACCCAGUGACUACGGCUCAUCUGAUGAGUAUGGCUCCAGCCCUGGUGAACACUCUCUUCUGGCUGCGGGACUCCCUGCUCCCUUAGUGGACACCUCUACUGGCUGUGUUUUAGUGGGACACCGUAACAGCUCUCACAAGCGAGCACAUGGGCGCAGGGUUCUUCGUCGCUCCUCCAGCAGAGAGUGUGAAGCUGAACGCAGGUUACUGAGCAAGCGUGCCUCCCUUCCACCUUCUUCUGCUCAGGAGCGCCUUGUGCCUCGUCGCAGGGAGGAGGAGGAAGAGGAGGAUGAAGACUAUGCUGUUAUGUCUCGCAGUGCCAGCAGGGAGUCAUUCACCUCUCGACGGGGCUCAGGAAGCUCAGUGACAACUUCAAGUGGGCAGCUGGAAAAUUCAGCAGAUAAAGGUGUCAAUACCAGGGAGGUUCCGGAGGAUGCAUCGAUUGAGAGUGGCUACAUGUCCAUGUUGCCAGGAGUUACAGCUCCUCCUGCAAGUCUUUCUCUUUCAGUGUCUGAAGCUGAAUCUAAGGGAGGUGAUGAGUAUAUGGCUAUGACCCCAAACAGCAGCGUUUCUCCACCACAGCACAUUCGUGUUCCUGUUUCUGAGGGCUACAUGAUCAUGUCCCCUAACAGUAGCUGUUCACCAGAUCUGCAUGGUAUGAGCGGUUGCUUGUGGGGGAGCAGGAGCAGCAUGGAGAGUCGUACAGGAAGUGACUACAUGAACAUGUCGCCCAUCAGUGCCAGAUCAGCCUGCAGCACGCCCCCUUCACAUCCUGAACAGCACCCAUUGCAGCCCAAGACAGUGUACUCUUACUUCUCCCUGCCACGCUCCUACAAACACACCACCCUCUCCACUCGUUUUGAGGAUGAUUUGGGUAAGGGUAGGAGGCCAGAAGGAGUUUGUGGGAGUGGCAGUGGUGCUGGGGGAAGAGUUAGGCGUAGUGGUUACCCUAAUAGUGGUGACUCCUCUGUAGGCCCAAAUGGAGGUGGUCACCUGUCCUUGUCCUCCUCAUCUUUCUCAUCUAGUUCAGCAAGCACGGAGAGUUUGGAGGACAAACCACUGUCCUUGCCUGCUGGGAUAGUAGGGAAGACCACCAGGUCGAGCACAGGACACAGGGUAGGGGGUGCUCACCCCAAAGACUCAGCUCACCAAUAUCACCAGCAGAGACGAGGGCCAGGGGUCCUGAAACAGGGUCAUCCACAGCAACGGAAAGGCAGACCCUUCAGCCUCUUUGUGGACAUGUCCAAAGCUAACACCCUGCCUAGAGUUAGGGAGACCUUGCAACCCACAGUACCCCAGAGCUCUGGUGAGUAUGUUAGCAUUGUUUAUCAGGGUGAGCAAGGAAGUUGCAACAAAGGGGUAACAGCAGUAGAUCAGGGGUGCUCUGUGGUGCAAAGGCAUCCAAAGACCUUAUAUGGACCAUCUCAAUGCCAGGUUGGCAGUACCAGUCUCCCCCGCAGUUUCUCAGCACCCCUCUCCACAACCAUCUCCACAUCCUCAGAGUAUGUUAACAUGGAUUUAGGCAACUCUCCACUGUCUUGCACACCCCUUUCUUCUUUCAACCCUGCUCCAGCAAUAGCCCCAAAGGCCAGAGAGAAGCUCACCAGAGCUCCUAAGGUGGGACAGGAAGCCGAAAUGGGACACAGAAAGAGUAAUAAGAUUACUUUGGCAUCUAUAGACAUAACUGCUGCUCCUUUUACAGACUACACAGAAAUGGCCUUUGGACUAGUUGCAGCAGAAGGCGCUUCACAUUGCCCUAAACCUAGUCAAACAACUGAGCCGUCCUCUAUGGAGAGAGAACAAAGCAUGGAGUUCCCCUCGCCCAAGGCUUUCCCCAAGUCAGAUCAAGGUGCUCGAGUGGUCAGAGCAGAAUCAUCAGCAAGGCGAAGGCACCGUUCUGACACCUUCAAGGCACCUCCACCUCUCCCUCUUUCUCCCUCUACCUCCUCCUCCAUUUUUCCUGAAACCCCUCAGGCCAACCCACCUCGACGCCAUGGCUUAGAUAGUUCCCUUUGGGCAACUGCACAGCCAACCACCUCACAGUGUGCUGGUCCUGGAGUGGCAGCUGUACCUACAGCCCAGGCAGCAUCCUCGUCUCUAGAACAAAGUCUGAACUACAUUGAUCUUGACUUGGCCAGUAAGGAGAGCCCUCAGAUCAGCCUGGAUGGAUCUUCUGGCUCGCACUUCUCUGUCCUGGGAGGAGGGUCAACGGUAGGUUUGGCUGGAACAGCAGUGGGGGGAAACACCAACUCCAACAUCAACACCUAUGCCAGCAUCGACUUCUUCAAGUCAGAGGAACUACGAGUCCACCAGAGCAGCAGGAAGGACAGCAAAGAGUGUUGAUCUCCCUUCUUGCUGGAGAAGAACCAAAAGCUGGUCCAUGUCUGCUCCACUGAUCUGUGUGUGUGUGUGUGUAUGUGUGUAAGUGUGCGUGCGUGCGUAUGUGUGUGUGUGUGUCUGUGAGUCGCACAGGUAUGGAGGCUUACCCAAUGUGACUCACCGUAAGAUUUUCAUCGCAAUCGGUUACAAUCGAUACAGAAUUUGCCAAAAGACUAGUGGUCAUAUCUCCCUGUGAACACUGAGAUGAACAGUCCUUCAGCCAAUCAGGAAGGACUACAGCGACUCUGACUGCCAACCAAGAGCCAAUGAUAUUCCUUUUUUCUUCUUUCGUUCAUUAUGAAAUUGAAAAAAAAAAUUGUAAUACAGAUGUUACAUAGUCUAAUGAUAGAUGAGAUACAUAUAUAGUAUACAUAAUAUUGCUGAGAGAAGUAUAUAUGACUUUUUAAAAAGUGCCUCAUUUUUGAUUGUAGCCAUUUUUACACAGGUCCUGAUGCGCUCUGUUCGAGGAAAAAAAGCUUUCUGUUUGCCGUCUCGCUUUGUCCGUCACUUUGUGUUCCUGAGAAAGAGUGAGAGAGUGGAAAAGAAAGAGUGAAGAGAGGCAGAGAGAGAGAGAGAGAGAGAGAGAGUGAGUAGAAAUGAUAAUUCAGCGCGAAUAGUGUAUUAGUUUGUAUAAUCUGAUUGCCUUAUUGUGUUUGAUGAGGUGUAUAGCACUGUAGAAAGGUCAAAGACCAUGCUUCAUUCCUUUAAUUUCCAGUCAAAAUGGCCAUUUAGCACACGUUAUUCACGUUUCUGCUUCAGGUAAAAAAGCAGGAAAAAUAUAUUUAACAGAAAUUUACACAGAAGCCUCAACAACUAAUUAUAAUAUCAGAUACUUCAGUAUUUAGUGUGUGCACUGUUUGCAUUUAUCACAGCUUCCAUUCUUUUCAGGAGUCUUGCUUUCAGGCUUUUCAAAGAAAUCGGCAGGCAUUAAUUUUCCACACCUCAAGUUCAGUCUUAGAAGUUGGUUGCACUUUCUGGGGUUUGAAUGCUUCUUGACAGCUACACAUCCUUUCAGACUCAUAGUGUUGCCCUCUCACAGAAACACCUGUGGAAUUUUUGAGAUCUCAGUCAAGAGUGGAGCUUGAUUUUCUCCUCUCUCUCAAAGAUGAAAGCUAUAAGUGCUGAUGAGGACAGUUUUGAUGCUUUGCCAGGUCUUGCAGGUGAUUGCUAGGAAUCCCAUUUUCUUCUUCAUAUUACUUUUUUGAACUUCAGAUCAGAAAAUUGAUUUUUUACAUAUUUUCAUGCAAGUGGAUUAUCUUAUAUAUAAUCUUCUCAGAAAUAUCACCUGAAAAAUGAACAAUUUAUACUUAGUGGCUGUUUUGAUUGGAAAUUAAAAAAGUAAAGGGUGUCUCUGCCUUUUGCACAGUAUUGUGUGUUUGUGUGUGUGUGUGUGUGUGUGUGCUUGAUGAGCAUCAUCUUAGCCUCAGCCAUGCUGUGCCUCUAUACUCAAACUCAAUAACCUUAAAUCAUACACAAACAGACACUGACAGACACACACACGCAUACACACACAUACGCACAUACACAAAACAACCAUACAGCAAGACCUCAAACUGUCUGCCUAUAUUGCAGUACUCUAACUCAUAAGCACUUGGAGAACAGUACCAUUAUCCUCAAUAGCAUGGCGGCAUCAGCUGACCGGCUGCACUCAGAUGUCUUGAGAGUCUGAAUAAGAGAUUAUUUUGUGUGUGUAUGCAUGCAUGUGUGCGUAUGUGAGUGUGUGAGUCUCCACUUAUAUACGGGCAGUCAAAAAGAAUUGCUCAGAUAGGGAUGUGCAAUAUGAAUAAAACACUAAUGUUGCAGUUAUAUUACUAAAUAUCGCAAUUCUGAAAUACAGAUUGCAAUCUAUAUUAAAAUACAUUGGAAUCAACAAUGAGACCUUGGUGUAAAGAUUGAAUCACAUUAGGGCUGCAUGGUGGGGACAAAAUAUUACUACUUCUAUUAUGUUUCUGAGUAUUGUGAUACACCUUGCAAUUUAUUGAAAAAGGACUUGAAUCACGGUCCUGCGCUGUUUUAACCCAAAUAAUUUACUUAUAUUGGAUUUUGUUGGAAUGCACAUUUGGAACGGAUUAGUCAAGAUCUUCACAACAGGCAAACCUUUUGAAAUCAAUAAACAAUACGCUGGACAGCCCCAGUUGCACGUUGCACUAAAUAGCCAGGGGGUAAAGUCUUAUCUGUAAAGGUCCAGUGACUGGCAGGUUUUUCUUUCAGUCAAGCAAUAGCAUUUGUGAGCCAGCUGAUGACCUAUCCAUAAUUCAAAUGUGUUCUUUCAUAGCAACAACUGCUAGGUUGGACAAGCUUUCCAGGACAUUAGCAAAAACACAUUCUACCAAUUGAUAAAUAGUGUGAAAAUAAUAAUAAUAAUUAAUUGAAUUUAUACAGUGCCUUUUCUCAAAGUAAAGGACGCUUUACAACUACAACCAAACUACAUUCCUGACAGCCAACAGUGUGACAGUGUGAAGACCCUCUACCUGUGACCCAGUCAAGCUUUGGCAAAGUUGAGUGAAUUAUUUCAGCCCAUGGUCCUGUCAAACUUUACUGCUAUGGUACGAAGUAUCUCUGCUCAUGGCCCAGUUAAGGUUUGGCAAUGUGGAGUGUGAAAUUAAGUUCUCGACCUGUGGCCAAGUCAAGUAGGAAGUGUCGCAAUCAAACUGUGCUGACACAAUACAAAAUCUCGACCCGUGGCCCAGUUAAAUUCUACUGUCGCAGUACGAUCCUUAGGCCUGUGGCCCAGUCAAACUCAGCCAUUGUGGUCUCGGCCUGUUUCUCAUUUAUUUCAACAGGAUCUCUCACAGCAAUCUAUAAAUCUUGUCCAACCUAGCAACGAUUACAGUUACUACAAGAAAACGCAUUUGUGGGUGGAGCAUAGAUGGGCCAAUUUCGUGAAAGGAAACCUGCAGCUUCACCUGCCAUUGAUUUGACAAACCUAAUCCAUUCACUAACCGUGCUUGUCUACUUUCUAUAUCUUUUGUCUUUAUGGUGCACAUCAGAGCUAUUGUUUUUUGACUGCCUGUGUAUUAGCUCAUAGUUUUUAUUAGCCAGGGUAACUACAAUGUAUUAAUACGCAACAUAGAGUAAUAUUCUACAGUUUUACUCUAUAUAUCACACACACACUCGCACGUCUUUCAGUGUUCAGAUAAACACAUUACAGACAGGCGUGCAGUUCUCAACUGACAGUGACACGUUCAAGUGCCUCCUCUACUCAGCUGCAGUUCAAAUCACCCCAGUCUGACCAAUACUGACAAUUACACACUCACACCCACACUCAGCCGGACUGUGGUCCUGCACAUCCACGGAAAAAACAGCUAUACGAAUAAAAUAUAGGACAGUUGUAACUGACCUAAAGGCAAGGGUUGUAUUUACAUAUAUAUUAUUCAUGUGAAACUGAUGUACACUUUCAGAACCAAACCAGAUUCGAAGCAUACAUUUUUUUUCAGAACAUCAAAUAGCCUGAUGUUCUGAAUAAGAUAUUUUCUACAUGCACAAAAAUACACUAGCUUUACGAUGGUCUUACACACCCACCCCCCAUGCACACACAGCUGGGCCACAGAUGCUAAACAGUGAGGGAUUAAAGUUAAAUCUGUUUCAGUCCCACUGACUGAUGGCUUUAUGUCCUGUCUCUGGACUUUAGAGCUCUCUAUACAUGCACACACCAAUAUUCCACUUUGUUUAUACACACCGGGCCUCUUUAACGUGCAUGUUUCCUUCAUCCUGCUACUCUCGUUGUUUUCGAAUGCUAAUUUUUACGCUAAGCCUGUGGGCGUCCGAAGGAGUGCUUUAAAACGUUGAGCUCACAUCGGAACAGGGUCUUUUUGUGAAGCUGAGACAGCGGUGCCUCUCUGAAACUCCUCUAGCUCCACUUUCCCCACUUUGCUGACAUUUUGUAGCAUGGCCGUACGUUUUUCCUAACGGAUAUUUUUCUUAGAUCUUAGCUUUUUUAACUGCUUCUUUCGACUCAAUGGUUUUUGACUGCCUUUGCACUUUUCUAACAGAUGUAUUUCAGUUCUCCCAUGUUAUAAGUUGCAAAGAACAAGUUGCGCCAAUCUCAGUGCCAAUACCUUUUUAUGUAUUUACUCACAGAUCAACACUAAUUUGUGCAUACUGGAUUCAGAGAGCCAGGCAUUAACGCUUUCUAAGAUCAGUCAUUUUUCAAAAGCAUUUUUUUAUCUGUAAGUGGUCAAAUGCUCAUGUCUUAGACUUAGAAACAAACUAGCAGAUGCCAUGAAGGAUAUAAGCGGCUAUAAACACUUGAAGGGGAUUUUGACUUAUUGAGCAAAACUUUCUGCAAAAUUAAAAUGUUGAGAUGUAAACAAAGUCAUUCAGAGUGGUUGAUGUGAAAUGGUUAAUGUAGAGAAACUCACUGACUUGGACUUCUUUACAGGGGUUGUGAUAGAAACCAGGGGUCACAGUGUCUACAACACAAGUAUAGUCGUUUUAUUUACCAUCUACAAUGACCAGCGAACCUACACACAUUUUUAUAUGUAAAGUUGAUAAUGGUACAAUAGUGGUAAAUACAUUAAAAACACCCUGCAAGUAACUCUUUACUAUGAGAUCAGGCAGGAUAUUGAUAACCUUUUAAUGGAAUAGUUUUCUGUGAGGGAGCUUUUAGAGGCAUUAUACUAUUUUUAGACCUCUGGUUCCUAUCACCACCACUGUAAAGAAUUCUGAUACUUCAGGUUUAUCUACAGUGAAGUGCUUCACAUCCAACCACUCUGAAUGAUUUUGUUUAUACCUUGAAUAUUCAUUUAUACAGAAAUUUCUCUUUACUGUGACUGCCUUAGGACAAGCACAUGGUCCUAGCUUAUAGUGGUUACAAAUCCUGAAGAAGACUCUGCACUCACGGCUUAUUCAUUUCAUUUGUCAUCUUGCGUCUCUACUGAUGGCAAACAUCUUCUUCCUUCCGUUCUGGAUUAAAAGAAGAGCCAGGUGGUCCUGCUUUGCAUGGGAUGGACUUAAAGAACCCCAUUGCCUUUUUCUUCACUACAAAAACUAGACUUAAGCCCUCUUAAACCCAUCAGGGGGGCUGGCCACCAAAACAUCUCAAACUUAAAUGAACGUGUGUGUGAGGUGUGAGUGACUCGGUCUGUCUCUCUGGUCCUCAGUGUGUGUGCUCUGUGCUCUUGCGAUGUGUGUGUGUGUGUGUGUGUGUGUGUGUGAGGUUGUGGCCACUGUCUGAUUACUUUAAUCUCUCUUUUAUUGCCUUAUUGUCUGUAUUAGCUCUCACGUAAUACACGGCAGCUGUAAAAAAUGACGCUUUGCAUUCUAGAACAGUCGGAAUUCUGUUAGAGUCCUUAUUCUAGAGCAUUUGGAAUUCCUCCUGAGCCUUUGGUUGGAACAGUCGGGAUUCCAGCUGAAUCUUCAUUCUGGAAUGUUUGGAGCAGUUGGAAUUCCACCCGAGUCCUUAUUCUACAAAUGGUCGGAAUUUUGAUCAGAAUUGAACAUUUGAACAGGAACAGUUGCGAUUCCUCCUUCUUAAGAAAUAAAGAUGCCAAGAAGGGUUCUUUGGAUGCUGAACCGCUUUUGGUUCCCUAAAGCAGAGGCUCUCAAACUGGUCCACAAUGGCCCACGUUUUUUGCUGUAUCCCUAUGCAGACAGGUAGGAGCAAGAAUUGGGACUGUCUAGGAGGCUCUGAGGAGUAGUUUGAGAACCGUUGCCCUAAAGAACCUUUCAACUGAUGGUAAUGUAAAGAAAUAUUUUUAUAAAAAGAAGUUCUGCACCUAUAAUCGGGUUUUCAUAAUGCUAAACAUUCGAGAACCAUUUGAGAACCUUAAUUUUUAAGAAACAGUUUGUACAGUUGGGAAUUCAUCUGGAUCUUCAUUUUUUGAGCAGUUGGAAGUUUUUACUCUGGAAUGGUUGGAAUUCUACCUGCUUCGUCAAUCUAGAACUGUUGGAAUGGUUGGAAUUCUGCCCGAGUCUUCAUUCUAGAACAGUUUGAGUCUGAAGAUUCCGUAGUCUGGUUAUGUGUAGAAAAUUGCGUGUCUCUGGCCUUCGAUCUGUGGAGCAAAACUGCAGUGAUGUAGAAAUAUGGCUAAGGCCUCUGUAUACUCCAGAAAAACAAAGAAAAUGAAAAAAUAGUAAUAAA